GAGAAAGACGGGCACGCGACGGCAUCUCACCUGUUUGCCAACCCGCCAGUCUAGUUUACGCGCCCGGUCAUCCGCCGGCUCUACAAGUGGGUAUUCCAUUGCGACUCCUAGACGCGCUCGUUCUCCACGUUCGACUACCGAUCGCCGUUUUCUUUCGGUCCACCGAGUACCGUGGUUAUCGUACGUCCGACUCCGAGGUCCGACCAUCGAAUUUCGCUGGCCGCGAGGACGCUCCUGGUGGAUCUCCACGGGUUUGCCUCCAGUCGAGACACGUAUCACCAGCGACGGAAACGAUGAUGCGGGCGCAACAUGAAAGCGGCCCCCAUCUUCCGAGAGAAGAGGAAACGAUUUAAAGAAGCGGUCGGGGGACGAUGACUUAAGAUCCCACGGGGGACCACAGCGAUCAACAGGAGAAAGAAGUAACAAAAUUGCAAAUGGCUCUGAGGCAGAAUCGAUACCGUCGUGACGCAAAGAACCGUGAAAGUUCUCGAGGUCGAGGUGCUUUCCUCCCCGUCUCAACGAGCCAAUCCGCCGUGCUACUUCGAGAUCGAUGCGUGUAAAGUUCGCGCGAAGUGGAAGCCUCGAAGUUGUCCCCGUGCAGCGGCUCGAGGACAGGAAUAACGAUAACGAUUCUUCCGACUUGCGCGCGCGAUAAUCACGCCUAGAUCAUCGGAGAGGAUAUAUUACGUAGUGACCGUACACACGCCCGCACACAUUGACAAUGAGCUUCUUGAACUCGUUAUCGCAGAUAGUGACCGACAGCGUCGCGAGCUUGGGUCUCAGCCCGAAACGGUUCUCCUUCAACCGAGAGGACUCGGCCUCCAGCGCGACCGGAAGAAGCAGCUCCACCGGAAGCGUCACUGGGACAACGAACACAAACUCUACCGCGCAACAAUCGACCCCACAUGGCUAUCCCAAGGUAGUGCCACCUCCGGGCACUACGCCGUCCUCCCAUGGACGCUCAUUGUCGACGCGUAGACGAACCCUCGAGUGCACUUCCUCCCCAGGACUGACGGUGCAUCCAGCGACAGGAAGUGCAUCGGGCAGCACGUCACCGCGCAGAGUCGGUUCUUUUCGGAGGAGCACCGGUUCCUCCGAUCGGCCGCCUUUGAUGUUCUGUCGAAGGAGACCCUCUUGGCCGGAAGUCGACAUACAGGCUACUUCUGGGGUUCAAGAAACGGAUGGUUCCUUCUUCGAAAGUUUCACCGCAUUAUCUUGGAAACAACAGAAUCGAAGACUCGUGGUCCUUCAAGAAUUGGAGGCUAGAUCGAAGGAACCUCCGCCACCGUCCAGCGACCACAGUUUGACUUCAUCUCAUUACGGUUUCACUAAUAAAGAGUUGGAGCAGUUGUACAUAGAAGUUCUCUACACGAUUGCCAAUACAGUGGGCGCCAACACAGGACAAUAUGCUCACUACAAGGAAGAUCUUUAUAUGUACGCUCAAGAAGCUUUUAGAGUACCACAAGAUCAACAUCGUCGAUAUCUGAAUAUUGCUUCUGAGGAGAAGCCCCCAAUUGUUGUUUUGAGCGUCGUGGUCGUUGAAGCCGAAGGAUUAGAAGCCAAAGACGCAAAUGGAUUCAGUGAUCCUUACUGCAUGCUGGGAAUUCAGCCGGGUAACACGGCGAGUGUGCCGUCGAGUCCUCAGACGAAUUUAACAGCACACUCGCCCCACACACCUCCAGCCUCGCCUCGACAAGCAACCCGGGCCCUUUCCGACGGUGGCGAAACCGAAAACUCACAGCACGAGAAACUGCGGAAGCACCAUAGUUUCAGGCUGUCGUUCAAGCGCAAGGAGCACACGAGCAGACGCGAACAUCGAGAGUCCUUAAGCGGCGCGGUUCCGGCGAAGUUUAUACGGGCGACCACGGUGAAGCCGCACACGCUCAGCCCGCGAUGGAACGAGAAGUUUCGUUUCGACAUCGAUGAUAUCCAUACAGACAUUCUGCACCUAGACAUAUGGGAUCACGACGACGAGUCCUCGGUAUUCGACGCUGUUAGCAAGCUGAAUGAGGUUCGCGGCGUCAAGGGUCUCGGACGGUUUUUCAAGCAGAUCGCGCAGAGCGCGAGAUCCGGCGGACAGGAUGACUUCUUGGGCUGCGUGAAUAUCCCUCUGCAGGACAUCCCGAGCACCGGACUCGAUCGAUGGUACAAACUUGAAGCUAGAACACAACGCAGCACUAUUCAGGGUAGAAUUAGAUUAAAGCUGUGGCUAUCAACGAGGGAGGACAGGGGAACCUCUGAAGAAGACAAUUGGGGGGAAUUGAGGCAGCAGGAAAGACUCUACACCGUUUUCCUCAACCACGAAAUGAACAAACAAGGGGAAGACUUCACGGGAGAAUUGCCACAAACGGCACUAACAAUUCUUCACCAACACGCCGUCCAAGGUGAUGUCACGGAGUUGCAGCAAGCGUUAGUUAAAUGGAUAGCAACCUCGCGACAGCCAAACUGCGAUCCGCGGAUUCUCCACCGGCUUCUUCAGGAGUUGGAUAAAGUUUGGCACACAGAUACACUUUCCCGAGACGUGGCACAGUGUCUUGCCGAUUCCUUCAAUGACUUCCUCGAUGUCUCCUUAAAGAAAAUUCGGCAGCAUCGUAUACUAUACCCGCCGUUACAUCGACCAUCGAUCUCUAAACUGGAUUAUCUUCUUAGAUGUUUAGGACUGCUAUCAAAUAUGUCAGCUUUUCGAUCGUGUUGUCCUUUCAACAAAGAAAUUCGUGGAGAAAUUAUAACUGCCUUAAGAAAAGGAACCCUCGAUUGGUAUGAAAGUACGAGACUGCAAACAAUGUGUUAUGACAAGGAACCUGAUCAGGAUGCAGACAAAGUCUUGCAAGACUUUACGAACUUAGUAACUGCAUUACUGGUAGACUUGGAACAGGGGUUGUCUUACUAUAACAGCCUCUUUGAAAGCACGAACGGUGUGCCAUAUUUUGCAGCGGUGUAUAAACAAUUGGACAAGCUGCUGGCGGAACACGUGGCGACACACAUGGAGAACACUUCCGAGAUGGAAAACGAGCUUGGAGCAAGGGUCACUACAGCCUGUCUUCAGCUACACGGUCAGAAUGCGGACGAAGAGUAUGUUUUACCACCAGGCGCUGAAAUAGGGACACCGAUGUUCGAACUAUACCUUGCUUUACAGGAUUUCGUCAUAAUGAAGGAGAAUCUGCCGCAGUCGGACCACAAAACUUUAGCAAUUUGCAAGUUUUACGAAUUGUUCAGACCAGCUGUCGACAAAUGGUUGGACCUGGCUAAACUGAAAGCGAUUCAACGUGUACGGAAGUCGGCUGAACUCGAUCGAAUCUGCACUGGCGAAUACAUAGUGAAACAUUGCACUUCGGCGAUAGAUGUUACAGCGUGCUUCUAUCAGAUCAAAGAAUUUUGGAAAAAGUUGGCUUGGCCCGACCUUCCGGGAUCGUAUAAUUUAGUACUGAAAGUUAUCGACGCGAUAUGCACUUCUGCGGCAUACUACGCGGAGAUCACUCAUCAGAAACUCGCCGAGAGUGGUUAUUACGAGGAGCAAACCCCAUACAAGACCACAGACGAGGUAAUCGCCCAGAUGUGUGUGGCCAUCAAUGGCCUCGAGUACGUCCGAAGGUGGCUCAUGGACUUAGGCGAGGAGCUUCAUGUUGAGAAACUUUUGAUGGCGCUGGAAAGCCAAGCAGGCGAUUCUGCUAGGGUACAAUGGAGAACCGCUUUGACAUCUCCGCUGGAACAAACUCCGGGACAGAUGUUGCUCUUCAUAAACCAAAUUGUUUCGAGAAUCGGCACGAAGAUGAGGCCACCCCUGAAGAAGGCAAUUUUCCAUUUGGCUUGGUCGCCGGAUAGUUUGCCCACUACAGAGGCAAUUGCACCAUUACUGGAAUAUUUGGACGUCCAUCUUGUGACGCUGAAUUCGGCUUUGCUUACGGUGAACUUUAUGCGAGUUCUCCAAGAUAUUUGGGAAGUUGUGCUGGGAGAAUUAAGCAACCAGAUGGAUGGAAACGCAGGGGAUAAACCUGCGAUGUUUUAUGAGAGACUCCACGAAGCCUUGGAUUUGCUGAUGAAAUUCUUCCACGCGGACGAGAAAGGCCUCCCUUACGAUACGCUGCAUUCACAGAGUUUUAUGAACGCCGAGGAACGCUUGCAGUAUCACAAAAUGGACACGGCAUUCUUGAUAGAUCGUUUCUAUCGACAACGACUUCAGGACCAAAUGAACACCGUCUCUACAGAGUACGGUGUUCUGACAGUGAUGGCAUACCUCAAUCACGAUUCUCUUUGGGUGGAAGUGAAAAAUGCCAGGGAUGUGAUUCCGUUGGAUCCGAACGGUUUCAGCGAUCCGUUCGUGAUAAUCGAGCUGUUGCCGCGAAGAGUCUUCGAGCAUUGUGCUGAACAGCAAACCAACGUGAAGAAGAAGACACUGCACCCAAUAUUCGGGGAGAGUUUCGAGUUCUCUGUAACGGUGGGGCAGUGUCAAAGUCCGGAUGCUAUGGUACUUUUUACGGUGAUGGACCACGAUGUCAUCAAACCGAAUGACUUCGCGGGCGAAGCAUUCUUAGGACUCAGUACGAUACCAGGCGUGGCAGAUACAAACGCAAGCAUUGACAAUUUCCACGGCCUCAAGCCGACCGAAUUACCCCUUAUGCACCAAAAAAAUCGAAAUCAUCCAAUUCUUCAAAUUUUGGAGACAAGAGUCGGCGACAGGAUGGCCAUCGACUUCGUGAAGAGACAAAGGCAACGAUUCGCCCAAACGUAAAGCCGUGAUCGCCGCGAACGAAAGGAUUGUUCGUAGCGAUCGCGGGUGAUUGGAUCCUACUCUUCGAUGGGGAGAAACGAGGGCGAAUGGACAGAAAACGAAAUCCAUUCCCUUACAGAAAAGCUCGCCGAUCCCCCAAUUUCUUCUGAAAUGCUCGCCGGAUUUUUCUCACGGGAGAUCUUCCUUUCUCGUCUGUGUAAAUCGUGUUGAAUGUAAUAGGUGUUGGUAAACUAAAGAAAACUAAAAGCAGAAUACAUGUUUAAAAAUAAAAAAAAAACAAAACAGAUUCAGGGAGGCUAAAACGAAAUCAAACGAGAACGAAAAAGAAAAAAAGGAAACAUAUAUCCAAAGCUAUUUUUGUGUCAAGAACGAACCAAAGAACCGCGGGGGGGAAAUAGAGGAGCGAUGUUCCAGUCAGUCGAUGUGAUGUAUCUAAGGAUAAAUGUUUUAAAAGGAAUAAUAAAAAAAAAUACUAUAAAAAACGAUGAAAUCGUCGAGACCGUCGAAACUUGAAGCAAUGCUAAACGGUCGUGACAUACGAACACGCCCACGGGAAAUCAUAAUUCUUUGGAAAACGAGAACGAAAGUAACGUUUAACACACACACAUACACACAGUGGAUCAUUGAAUCUCGAAACGUCCAUCGAUUGCAUGCCGAAGUGAAACGAGAUCAUCGCCGAUUCGCAUCGCUUCGACGGAUACAGAUCAACUCAGCAGAGUCAAUAUACGAUAUUUUUCUUAUUUCUCAUUGGCUAACAGUCUAUUUCUAUCUUUUCACCGUCGUCUGUCACUUCUUCGAUCACGAUCGAACUAUUCUAUCACACGCGAGCCCUUUCGCCAUCUGCACGACGGAUUUCGAUCGACGUUUACGAAAAACAAAAACGCCAAAAAAAAAGAAGAAAAAAUAUAGAAGAAGUGAAAGGGGCGAGAAUCAGAAGUCGUAAGAUAAACGAGAAUCUCGUUGCAUGUGUACGUAAGGAGACGAUCGGAAACGAUCGAAGAAAACGAAAACGCAAGUGUUAUAAUUAAUCAAUACCAAGUGAGGUGUACCCUUAUGUCUCUACUGCAGGUAUUCGUGUUUGAUUUGCUCGUACAAUCUGAAGUCUUUCUAGAGCUUUUCCGAUCUAUCGGCACGACGAUGACACGGCUUCUUCGCCCGGAAGAUUUAUCGGUGAACCACGCUAAUCAUUUCGACGGAAAUUCAACGGGUACCAGACCAGGGAUAUUCGAGGGAAUCGUCUUAAAUGAUCGAGAAAAUUCGAAAUUGAAGAAAUCGGCCAAGUCGCUUCACCAAAGGGAGAAACCAAGACUGUCGUUCGCGAACAUGUGUUACACAGAGGAAACAAAAAUCGACAUUGGCGAUCACCAUACCCGAAUGAUGAAACUUGUAGCUUCGAAAUCGAACCGGAAAUAAACAUGACAAAAACGCACACCCGUCAAUUAUUCUACUGCACGAUAUAAUGCGCGUCUUAUUCACGUUUACAAGUAUGUACGAAGAAAAAAAAAAGAAGAGGAACCUAAGGGUCAAGAGUUAUGUAAGCUCGAAUAUCGAACACCCUGGAGAAAGAAUACGAAAUAUCACGGUAAUUGUUAAAAAAAAAAAAAAGAAAAACAUGAAAUUACAGAAGAAUACGGUGAUCUCUCGAAAAGUCGUCUGUCCGAAUCUCGAUAUAAUCUCGUGCAUCGAAUCCAAUCGAACUCUAUUUGCUUUUUUCAACCUUUUACAAUCACCAAAACAUAUGUACGAUCUGUCUUGUAUCGUGAGACAAAUAAAUUAAUGUAAAUGUA